AUGGCAGCCGCCGCACCACCACCACCUCCAACAGCAACCCCAGAACCAAACAUGAACCCCCAAACCUCCACCAUAGGCCACCCUCUCUUCUCCCGCAUCCGCCUCGCCACACCUCACGACGUCCCCUCCAUCCACAAACUCAUCCACCAAAUGGCCGUCUUCGAGCGCCUCACUCACCUCUUCUCCGCCACCGAAUCAAACCUCUCCUCCUCUCUCUUCACCUCUCCUCCUUUCAAAUCCUUCACCGUCUUCCUCCUCGAAGUCUCCCGCUCCCCUUUCCCCCCCUCCUCCCUCUCCCAAGACUCCUUCACGCCUCUCCUCAAAACUCACAACCUCGACCUCCCUAUCGAGGACCCGGAGAGUUACAACUUUACCCCGGAUAUGUUGAGCGACGUGGUGGUGGCGGGGUUCGUGUUGUUUUUCCCGAAUUACUCGAGCUUUUUGGGGAAGCCGGGGUUUUAUAUAGAGGAUAUAUUCGUGAGGGAGCCGUAUAGGAGGAAAGGGUUUGGGAGGGAGUUGUUGAGUGCGGUGGCGAAGCAGGCGGUGAAGAUGGGUUACGGGAGGGUGGAGUGGGUUGUGCUUGAUUGGAAUGUGAAUGCUAUUAGGUUUUAUGAGCAGAUGGGUGCUGAGGUUCUUCAGGAGUGGAGGGUUUGUAGGCUUACUGGUGAUGCUCUUCUCGCUUUUGAUAAUGUUAACAUCUGA